UCGCACUUUCAUUUCCUCUCUCCUCCUACCCAGAAAAAUCGUCGUCUCCAUUCUCUUAGGAUCGAUCCGUUUUCGGUUUUUGCUGCAAAAAAAAAUUAUCCUUGUCUUGCUAGAUUCGCAAGUUUUAAGCCAGAGAUGGACGCUGAUUCCAAGAGAUUCCUGUCCACUCUUCGAUCCCGAUCUGAGAUUUUAAUGGGCUUUGAAGAAGUAGAUGGAGAUGAUGAUUUCCAGGAGGAGUUUGCUUGCCCGUUCUGUGCAGAUUCGUAUGACAUCAUUGGCUUGUGUUGUCACAUAGAUGACGAACAUACGUUAGAGUCAAAGAACGCGGUAUGCCCUGUUUGCUCUCUACGAGUGGGAGUUGAUAUCGUAGCGCACAUAACGCUUCACCACGGGAGUUUAUUCAAGAUGCAGAGAAAGAGGAAAUCACGGAAAAGUAGUUCAAACUCUACGCUUUCUAUGCUUCGGAAAGAGCUAAGAGAAGGAGAUUUACAAAGGUUGUUAGGACUUUCUUCUCGUAAUGGUUCUGCUGCAGCAAGUGGAGCUCCUGAUCCUCUUCUGUCGUCAUUUAUCUCACCUACACGAUCACAUAUAUCUCCGGUGACACGCCAAACUAGAAAAGUAUCCGAGGAGAAACAGAUAGAGCGCAAGAAGCAAGUGUGCAUCUCACCCGUCUCAUUAAAAGAUCAGGAAGAGAAGAAGAAGAGAUCAGAGUUUGUUCAGAGGCUCUUGUCAUCAGCCAUUUUCGAUGAGGUCUAAUCAAAGCAAAUGCAAAGAGUGAGAAUGAAGAGGAACUAGUUCUGCAGAAUCAGACUUAAGCGAAUUUGGUAAAUACAAAGCUCUGUCCGUACUUGUGUAGCAGAACCAACACAGACACAUGUUCAUCGGAAUCUUGAUUCACCUGUGUAGGUUUCACGUAAUGCAAUGGUUGGGAUGAGAAGAAGGCGGAGAAGAGCGAGAUGCAGCUGUAAUAUUUAUAUAUCUGUGUAUUGUGUAUGUUUAAUGUAUGAAACCAGAAGAAGAUGGUACUGAAAUAAAUUGCGUAGAACUGUGUAUUGUUAAAGUUUAUUAAGCCAUUAAAAAGUAAGA